AUGCUUACGUCACGCCCCGCACUUGAACACCACAGACCCCCUGUCGCCUUGAGCUAUCGAUGCCAACUACCUAUCCAAGCAUACCAGAUCACCCUUGUUGAGUCGGUCAAGUUUGCGGAUAAGCUUGCCAAGGCCAAACCAUUGGCUACAAUGCUUGUCACCCGUUAG